UUGGGCCUUGGCGAGGCCCAAAUCAUAAGUCCUGGCCCAACAACAAAACAAAGAAAAUUAGUUGGUUAGUGGUUCUUCUAAGUUACUAGCCUUGUAUCUCUUUUAUGAAAUGAAACUUGGGUUUCUACUAAUAAGACAGUAUGUUAUUAGCAGAAGAAGCAAAUUUGCAGUGCAAUUCCAUGAAUAUCAUCACUCAGCAGAUCAGCUGAAUUCCGUCAUCAACAAUGCUUCCCAAUUCAAGAACCUCAAACACGCCACGCAAAUCCACACCCAAAUCAUCACAGCCAACUACGCCUCCCACCCUAUACUCUUCAACAACCUCCUCCUCCUGUACGCCAAAUGCGGUUCCAUCCACCACUCCCUCCUCUUCUUUACCUCAACCCCACGCGCCUCCAUCAACGUCGUCACUUUCACCACCCUCAUCACCUACCUCUCGCGUUUUAACAACCCAUUCCUUGCCAUCUCGUACUUCAACCGCAUGAGAUGCACCGGCAUUUAUCCCAACAAUUACACAUUCUCUGCCGUCUUGCCCGCUUGCGCCCACACAAACCUUGUUACCCACGGUCAACAACUGCAUGCUUUGGUUUAUAAACAUGGAUUUGACACUGAUACCUUUGUGGCUAGUGCCUUGCUUGACAUGUACGCUAAGUGUGGCUCUAUGUCUUUGGCACAGAAGGUGUUCGAUGAAAUGCCCCAUAGAAACCUUGUCUCUUGGAACUCUUUGAUUGUUGGGUUUUUGAAAAAUAACUUGUAUCAUCGUGCUAUUGGGAUUUUCAGGGAGGUUGUCCGCCAGGCCUCGCUUCCUCCUGAUCAGGUUAGCUUUUCGGGUGUGUUUGCUGCUUGUGCUGCUGUGGUUGACAUGGAUUUCGGCAAGCAGGUGCAUGGGAAUGGUUUGAAGCGUGGUUUACUUGUAUUGGUUUAUGUGAAGAACUCGUUGGUGGACAUGUACAGUAAAUGCAGGUUGUUUGAUGAUGCGGCCAAGUUGUUCCAUGCUGAUGGAGAGAAAGAUGUUGUUACCUGGAAUGUAAUGAUCAUGGGAUGUGUACACAGUGAACACUUUGAGGAAGCUUGCAGCUAUUUCAGGGCCAUGAAGAGGGAAGGCUUCUUGCCAGAUGAAGCUUCGUAUUCCUCUGUUCUUCAUGCUUGUGCUAGCAUUGCUGCUUUAACUCAAGGAACCUUGAUCCACAACCAGAUAUUAAAGCUUGGACAUGUAAAAAAUGCAUGUGUAUCGAGCUCACUGGUAAUGAUGUAUGGCAAAUGUGGGAACUUGUUUGAUGCUUAUCGGGUAUUUGAAGAAACUGAGCAUCGCAAUGUGGUUUGUUGGACAGCUAUGAUAGCGGUUUGCCACCAACAUGGCUGCGCAAAUGAAGCAAUUGGGUUAUUUGAGGACAUGCUCAAAGAGGGAAUUGUGCCUGAGCACAUCACUUUUGUUUCUGUGCUGUCAGCUUGCAGCCAUACUGGACAGGUUGAAGAUGGAUUUAGGUACUUCAAUUCCAUGAAUAACAUCCAUAAUAUAGAACCUGGGCUUGAACAUUAUGCUUGCAUGGUUGAUCUGCUUGGUCGUGUUGGGCGGUUGGAUGAAGCAUGGAAGUUCAUUGAAUCAAUGCCAAUCAAGCCUGACUCAUCAACUUGGGGGGCUUUGCUUGGAGCAUGCGGAAAGUACGGCAAUCUUGAAAUGGGCAGGGAGGUUGCGGACAAGCUAUUCGAGUUGGAACCAGAUAAUCCAGGAAACUAUGUGCUUCUUUCUAAUAUCUAUUCACGACAUGGGAUGUUGGAAAAAGCUAAUGAGGUCAGGCAAUUGAUGGGGAUCAAGGGGGUAAGGAAAGAGAUUGGAUGUAGCUGGAUUGAUGUUAAGAACAAGACCUUUAUAUUCACUGUGAAUGAUAGGUCACAUUCAAGGACCGAUGAGAUCUAUGAAAUGUUACAGAAGCUAAAGGAAUUGGUAAAGAAGAGAGGAUAUGCUGCUGAGACACAGUUUGCAACCAACAGUGCAGAAGGGUCUGAAGAGCAGAGUUUGUGGUAUCACAGUGAGAAAUUAGCUCUUGCAUUUGGUCUUCUGGUCCUCCCAGCUGGAUCUCCUGUAAGGAUAAAGAAGAAUUUGAGGACUUGUGGUGAUUGUCAUACUGUUAUGAAGUUUGCUUCGGAGAUUUUUCAGAGAGAGAUUAUCGUAAGAGAUAUCAAUAGGUUUCAUCGAUUCACUAAUGGCUUGUGCUCGUGUAGAGAUUAUUGGUGACUGAAAGUUGAAACAUAUGUUAACCAUAUGAACAGAACUGCUUAAUUCAGGGGGAUUCUAGUGUGCUCCGUUUUCACUUAGUUUCAAGAAUAAUACUGAAGUUAUAAUGAUUUCUUUGAUGUUUUAAGUUCUUCGCAUGUCGUUGACAAGUGGCACCGGGAACCAACAGUCAUCCUUUUCUGACAGAGAUGCAUGGCCAAUCUUUUUCAUGUCUUAAUUCAAAUGUUUAUAAUUGAUUCAGGAUUUAUAGUUGAAGGGUUAUUGUUUCAAGGGCAUCUGCAAAGAAAUGACAAUCAAAUAUGGAAGUGUCGAAAACAUCAGAAACCAUUCACACGUACAAUGAUACGAACUACAUGCAUAACCAUUGACAAUUAGUAGAAUGCAAUUUUCGCAACCAAACGCUGGAGUUCCCUGUCCACUCCCAAAGAAGGAAGAACAACGUGCUUGAUUUAAGAGUCUGGUUCUUGGAGAAUAUGAAAUUUUCUUAACCAAAGAUGUACUGGUUAGUGCUAGGCACGCCUUGUAAAGAUCUUCCAUUGGAUCAAAUUAGGAGUCUUGCAACCUAUGGAGAGCCUUAUAUUUUCUAAGUAACAAAUUAAAAACAGCUGG